AUGUUGAAAGAACCAGCCUGGUCUUUUCUGGCUCCUGACAGAAAAAUGUUCUUGCAGAGUUUUCCUGACCAAGACGUACUGGGCCAGGCUUUCGAAGAUGCGCUAGAAGUACUGCAGCAGCACUCUGACAGAGAAAUGCAGUGUUCACCAGGUUAUAAAAAUUGCCUGGCUGUGAUCAACCAUCACCACCACCUCCGAGCAAGUCCCAGCUACUCUGCAGCACCAUCUACAGAGGACCAAGGGUACAGCUGGAGAAAUGUGAUUAACAGUGCAGCAGAUUUUUAUGCAGAUGAGACUGUCUACCAUACGCUGCAGAAUACUCCAGAAAGCCAAGUGAUGCAUGCUGCUGCUGGCCAGCCAAAAGCAGGGAAAGGUAGAAAAAAACUUCGACUGUUUGAGUACCUCCAUGAGUCUCUGUAUGAUCCGGCAAUGGCAAACUGCAUCCAAUGGGUGGAUAAGCCCAAUGGUGUCUUCCAGUUUGUCUCCAAAAACAAGGAGAAACUUGCAGAGCUGUGGGGAGAAAGAAAGGGAAACCGCAAAAUCAUGACAUAUCAGAAAAUGGCCAGAGCACUCAGGAAUUAUGGAAGAACAGGUGAAAUCAUUAAAAUUCGAAGGAAGCUGACAUACCAGUUCAGUGCUGUUGUUUUACAGAGACUUGCUCCAUCUUAUUUCUUGGGAAAAGAAACAGUUUAUCAUCCGUAUAUUCAAGCUAAUCAAGAAUAUCAGUGUGCAGAUGACUGGAUCAGUUACAAUAAUUACAUGUAUAACAAUGGUUAUGCAUUACAGCAUGCUAACAGCUAGACAUACCUUUCACAUAAACAGGUCUUUGUUAGCUAGUAAUACUUUCCAGCACAGGAACUCUUCUCUGUACAUAGCUUUUCCUUUAAGAUAUCAUGCAAACACACAAAGAGGAGGAUUUUAAAAAUUAUAUUGGCCUAUUUUGUUCCUUUUGAAGCUAAUGACAAAUGGUCAUGGACUAUUGAAGAAAACCAGCAGCUGUAGGGCACGUUCUGUUCUCCGUGACGUUAAUCAGAGGAAUUACUUCAGAUUCAAACUGGUCUAUCCAAGAUCAGGAUCAAGGCUUUUGUCUGUUAGUGGACAUCAAAGAUCCCAUCUUGACAACACUCAUUGGAAGUUUUAUGCAUAUCCCAAACAUUUCGAAUCAGAAUUUAUAUGCUGUUGUACUAUAGCGCAUGCACUCCCUAUCAGUUGAGUGCAAGUGAAUUAGAAAGGGAAGAGAUUUGCCAACUGCAUGAAGGCACUAUCUGCUUUUUUCAUCAAUGUUCUUUAUUAAAAGACAUUUUCUGAGUGAAUGACUGGCUGAACAGCAGAGUCCACAUGAAGGUGCACCUGUUGGCCAAGCUGUUAAUCCUUAAUCACUUAAAUUAAUAUAUCUUAGCACAGAUCCUGACAUAUGGUAUUAGGAUUGCCAGGUGCACAUUUCACUGUUGGCAGUGUAUUCAUUGGGAAAGUGACCAUACCAUGAGAGGGUUAGUAAAGGAUUAUGCUUUUCACGAAGUUAUUUACAGUUCUUCCGCCACUAAUAUGAGAAGCUGCACUUUUGUCCAGCAGUUCUGUACUCACCUAACAAACAUAGCUUUGUUAUUUAUUUUUGGAGUUAUAACUUUAUACAUAUAAAUACAAUUUCACUUCUCCAGCUCUUUUCCUACAUGGGAUUGUAGCUGAAAGGCUCAGUGAUUUUACACUCUCUUCAUGGGGAAGAAGGACUACAUUUAGGUAAAAAGAGAGUACUAGCCACUUAUGCCAGGAUGAUACCUAUAGAUCUACUUUUUCUCAUACUUCUGUUACCUGACCAACAUGUAUCAUCAUAUGAGUUGUCUGUUUCGCCAAAAUACUUCCAUUCAACUGCAUUCAAUUCCAAGUUCUGCAUUUUGCUUCAAGUGAGUGCAGGCCCAGAUAUUAAUAAAGACAAAAUUAAUUUCUGUGGAGGGGUAUAAAUGGUGGCCUGAUAUGUUUGAUGAAAUUCACUGACUUUGAUAGUUGCCCCUUGCUCUAACUCCUGCUUACUUGUACAGGGAUAUAAUUUUAUGUAAUAGACACAAUGCAACACACUCUGCUCAAGCAAAAUUCAAGGUUUUGAGUUAGCACUUUGGUAAGAUGAAAGAUGUGUACUCUUAGAAAUCUGAAGCGUAUUAAAUAGCACUAAAAACAGACCCAGAUUUUAAGUCAGUAAACAUCUGCCAAAAUAAGAAAGUCGUAACUGUGUUGUUAAUAUUUCAUUUUGAGUGUAGUGUCCUGUAAAAUGUAAACAUUACUAUAAAAUAGACACAAGAAUGCCUCUGGUCUUGUAGAACUGAAUCUGGAUCCUGCUGUAGCACUGAACACAGUGGGAGUUUAUCUCUUACAAAGGACUGAGGUCUUUCAGUUGGGAUGCCUUCACUAUGUAAGCACAUAUGUAAAUACGACACCUCAACUGUCAUAAUGUACAUAAAUUUGCCAAUAAACUGCACAGUUCAGUUACUCCACAUCUGUCACCCAUUGUACACUGACUUUGUGUUAUUUACAAUGCUGGUAACAUACACCGGGUUAAGAGUCUGCUUUGUGUAAAAUGCUUACUUAAUAAAUAUGUUUAGAUUCAC